AUGCCACGCGAGGCAUGGGAUACCAUGGUUAAAAUCAUCGAACAGGGCGGGAUACCUCUGGUGAGACUAAAGCCUCGAUCUCACAGUCUUGGUGGCAGUAUCGACCUCGAAAUCGUGCCAGCGGGCCCCAGCACCCGCUAUCUUGCUUAUAGCCACGUUUGGGCCGAUGGUAGAGGAAACGUGUCGGGUAACGAGUUAUAUGAAUGUCAAUGGCGUUGGCACCAAGAAUGCGCACAGCAGCAUGAGAAAAGAGAUUUGGACAUCUGCUCCGCGCUUAGCGAGAAUCUUCUUCUAUUUUGGAUUGACACUUUCUGUGUGCCGCGAGGUUCUGACGAUCGUAUGUGGCAGCUCCGCACCAAGGCUAUCUUGUCCAUGUCAGAGAUCUACCGAAAGGCAGAGGUGGUGGUAGUUCUGGACUCUGCCCUCGAGAAUGCUGAUAUCACGUCCGUCCUCGAGUUCGUUGCGCAAGAGCUAAUAAUCAAGACGGGCAGGGGCCUCGCCAAUCUGCGAGUGAUCAAUUACCAGAUGGCGAAAGCGAGGUCUCCUUGCAGAGAGGGAAAUGAAUGGCGAAUACUCGCCGGAAUGGAGGAAGAAUACAUCCACGCAGUGCUCCAAAAUUGUCUGAUGAUCAACAGAAUUUCGCCCUCUGAAACGACGACCUUUUUCAAUGCUCGGAGAGAGGUGCACAAACGAGCCACAUCCUAUCCUAGCGAUAGAUAUCUGGUUAUGGGUAUUAUCAGCCAAGCAAGUAAACAGACGCUGUUAGCUCUCCAAAGAACCGGCGACGAUAACCGGAACGCCGAGGAGGUCGGAUUGGCCAAGCUGAAAUUGAUCCUGCUGUCAGCGUCGACGAUCCCUCAGAGUGUGAUAUUUACGACGGAUGAGAGGUUUCCGGAAUUUGGCAUGCAGUGGGCUCCCGCGACGAUAGGCGGCGAUGUUCCCGACGAAGAGAGUGAUGUUCCGGUUCGACGGAUCCCCGGCAAGGGCGUGAUCGUCAAGUUUAGGGGAUGGCGCAUCAUCAGCUCGCCACAGAUGCUGAACAUCUCGGCCUCUUUCAUCACGGUCAAGUUGGAUCAGGCCGUUCGAUAUCAAGACCGAUACGAGCUUGCUGUCUGGCCGACAGACAAAAAUCGUAAGGACUUUGUCACUCUCGUAUCCCUCGUUAGCCCGAACGCAAGGCUGGCGAUUAUUCUGAGUGCUGUUCCGGGUCCGAAUGACCCAGCUGUCAAUUUCAAGCUCGGGCUUCUCGUUGAAGAAGUCAGAAGCCUAGUGGGCGAGGGUAUGCAAGACGUCGAGAGAGACAGCGUUGUACAGGUCAAGUACCUCGCGGCUCUUAGGGUAUAUGCGAUGCACGGCGACGGCAACUCUAUGCAGGGGAUCGAAGCGGAGUGGCUCAAUCACGGCGUGGACAAGUUAUGGUGUGUUGGAUAA